AUGAGCAGGAAGCUCAAGGAAAACGCAUUGGUGGGCGGCGGCUGGGAAAUAGCAGUGAAAAUGACCAAAGUCGAGCCCGUAGAGCGCUAUUGUAAGGUCAUUCGGAUGAUCCGCUUCUGCGUAGGGUUCUGCGGAAACGAUGUGGCUGAUCCGAACUUCCGGAUGUGGUGGCUUACCUACACUGUGAUUGGAGCCAUUGGAUUCUUCUUCGCCUGCACUGGAUAUACCAUCUAUGUGGGUGUGGUCAUCAACGGAGAUCUCACUGUAAUCCUGCAGGCUUUCGCCAUGGUAGGAUCAGCCGUCCAAGGAUUAACCAAGCUUUUGGUAACCGCCAAUAUGGCUUGUCAGAUGAGAGAUAUCCAAAACACUUACGAGAAAAUCUACAGAGAAUAUGGGUCAAAGGGUGGUGAAUAUGUCAACUGCCUGGAGAGAAGAAUCCGCACAACCUGGCAACUAAUCAUCGGAUUUAUGCUCAUGUACAUCAUUCUUCUGGGUCUCAUAAUCGCCUUUCCAAUAUUUUACUUGCUGAUUUGGAACGAAAAGGUUUUGGUUAUGCAAUUCCUGAUGCCACUAAUUGACCAUACCACCGAUGGGGGUCACCUACUGCUCACUGCUGUCCAUGUGGCACUAAUUACCUUCGGUGGCUUUGGAAAUUAUGGUGGGGAUAUGUAUCUCUUCCUGUUCGUCACCCAUGUCCCUUUGGUCAAGGAUAUAUUCUGUGUAAAGUUAAAGGAAUUCAAUGAAGUGGUUGAAAAAAGAAAAGAUUUCCCAAGGAUGAGGUCUAUGCUGGUUGAUCUCUUUACCUGGCAUCAGCUUUAUUCUAGCAUUCUUCAAACCACCAAGAGGAUCUAUAGCAUCGUCUUAUUCGUUCAGCUCUCCACAACCUGCGUCAGUCUUCUCUGCACUAUAUCCUGUAUUUUCAUUAAAGCCUGGCCAGCAGCUCCUCUCUAUCUACUAUAUGCAGCCAUCAUUCUCUACACAUUCUGCGGCCUAGGAACUUUGGUGGAAAAUUCUAAUGAGGAUUUUCUGAGUGUGAUCUACACAAACUGUCUGUGGUAUGAGCUGCCUGUGAAGGAGGAGAAGCUCAUCAUCAUGAUGAUAGCCAAGGCCCAAAAGGAGGUUUGCCUCACCGCCGCCGAUAUGGCCCCUUUGUCAAUGAACACAGCUCUGCAGUUGACCAAGGGAAUCUAUAGUUUCAGCAUGAUGCUGAUGAACUACUUGGGAAAGGAUAAAUAAAGAAUAAAUUAAAUAAGAAAUAUAUUAAAAAUAUAUACUAAAUAUAAAUACACUGUAGGGCAAAGGAAUUGUAGUGCAUAUCCCAGAAAAAUUAUAAUUAUAUAGAAAUUUUCCAUCCAAUCUAAACUCAGACUUUCAUUGGGAAGAAUAAUGCUUCUCAAUUCGACCACCGCCUUGCAACUUUCAAAUGCCACAUUUACUUCCUUCUAAUGCUGCUGAUGAGCAGACUCGCGGAGUAAAUUUGGGCGGGGAAAAGCUGAUUAAUUUCUGCUCUUUGUCUAAUGAACUUGCGGCAAAAGAAUUUAAUAAACAGACUCGCACUUUAUGGGACCACAAAAAAUAUGAUGUCUGCCAGGCCACAGACCAUGAAAAAUAGUAAAAAGCGAAGAAAAAAAAUGGAAAAACCAAAAGGAAAACCCAGGCGAUGUAAAUGAGGGAAAAGUAUGAAAAAGCAUCGCUGGUAAGUUGUAAAAAUUGUCUUUUAAUGCCUCGCAAAUCCAGCAGAUUGCCACGUAGUGCUAAUAAAAUAAAGUUAUGUCCGGGCAUAAAGAACAAAAAGCCCGCGCGCACCGCUAAAACGCACCAAAAAUAGUGGAAAACGGAAAAAUCCACCAAAAAUCCACAAAAAAAAAUGGCGUUGAAAAUUGAGUGCGCGGGCGCAAGACGACGGCCCAAGAUGGUUGAGAUGCGGGGUGAGGUGAGGUCGGUAAACGCAUCAUUAAUCAAAUGUCCGAAGCGUAAGCACCGUUAUUCAUCAUUGCUUAUGGAUAAGGUGCUGCUUCACCUCCCCAUCCACCAACUUGAAGGACUGCCUU